AGGUCUCGUUCCUAAUGCUCAUACAAGUACUAUCGAAGGCUGCGCAUUCCAGCUGACUCGACGUUACUCGCCAAGCUUCUUCAUUGCCUCUCAGCCCUCGUGCGAAGCGCGUCAUCAGUGCAAUGGGUCGGAACGAGACUAAGCACAGUGACCGAGGCUACUAUGAGCUCGCUAAUCGGAUGAUAGUGGCCGACAACGAGUUGGCGGUAUUUCGGAACUUCAAGGAGCUUAACAUCUUGUGCCUCCUGCAGCUACAGGCUGAGAUAUCCGUGCUUAAAAGCGACCUUGACAGCAUCCGGAUUAAGGACGACAACAAUAAUGAACCCAUCGAUAUCCCGUACGUGAAUCAGGAACUUGGGUUCCCAGAGGGAGUUCGUGCAUUACAGUACCAGCCAGAGUUAUUCUCGUCUUGCUUCGCAGACAUGCAGCAGGUCUAUAGAAGCAACCCCAGCCAUUGCCCCCAGUACUACAAGUUGUUGCAGCUUCGGGCCAAGUUGAAGGAAUACAACAAAUUACUUCUGCAGUUCGACCAGGUCUGCAAGAUGAAGCAGCCUGAAGAAAUCGAGCUUUUGAGUAUCCAGAAGUGGACCUUUGAGAGGAUCGUGAACAACAAGUUCAUGAAGGGACCCGAAGGCCUGGCCUACAGGCCAUCUGAUCUUGACCGCUAUGUCUUGGUCCAGAAGCCCGACGAGGAAAAGGAUAUCUUCCCUCCUUUUCUUCUACACUGGUAUACACGGCUGUAUUGCUGGCUUUCCGGGAAGGGCAUGCUGGACAUCACUCUCACCCGAAAAUUGUUCCUGAGAUCGGUGGAGAGCGACGACGGAUUGCACUUCAAACAGUCCUACUUGGUCACCGUGGGAAAUUGGCUUGCUCCAGUCCUGUCUUCAUUACUCCUCGUCUCGGCAUCGCUGAUCCUGUAUUCAAUACACGAUAGGCGAAACAAACUAUUCGCCAUGAUCCCCCUGACGGUCACAUUCUCCCUGAUCGUCAAGGGGUUCACAUCUGCAAGCCGAGCAGAGAUCUUCGUUGCUGUCGCCGGCUUUGUGGCCGUCGAAGUCGUCUUUGUCGGCAAUGUCUCCUGAAGUCAGCUAGGUCCCUACCUGGGCUUGCCGCAUAAGGAGCGGGGUUAGUCCACGGCGAUUCGUCGGGAUACGGUGCGAUGCAUUAUCUCGGGGAGGACAGCAGUUGCGGCAUGCAUGUUACCGAGCUCUGUUCGAACUCAUACAAUUCCCGACCCAAUGAGAACUUCAGCAGGCGCAGCCUUGGGACUACUUAGCUCUAUCGCGUGCGAUGAUAGCGUUCGAUGCAGGAAUGCAUCCGAGAUCUCCGGCGGGA